GUUGUUAGAAACAUUUUGAUCAGGGUUUCUUGUUCUUGACUUUAUCCUAUUCUGUUUGAAGAUAAUAUUGGACGGCUGGCUGUUUUAAAUCAAUGGGAGGAACAUCAAAUUAAAUAAAGUUAUUUUUGGGCGUGAAAUACCUUCAAGCUCAAUGUUUGACAUGAUUGGAAUUUAUUUGAUAUGAUAAUCUUUUUGGCUGCUUAAUGAAUAUUUGGCCACUCGUUAUGGUCACCGAUGGAACUCUCUUGCACCAAUGAUGUGUUUAUUUUUUAUUAGUGGAUGUAAUAGGUGCUCUGAAAUGUAUGUUUUUUGAGCAAGUCAUACUCAUUGAGUCAAAUAUCAGCUUUGGCAAAUUUUGCUUGUUUUAUUGAUUCUUGUUGCACAAUAUCCAGGCUCACAAUUCUGUUUCAUUCUUUCCACUCGGUAUAUUUUUGUGGUGUGUCUACUUGGAAUAUUUCACAAAUGACACAAUGGGGAUUUGAUUAGUUAUGAUUAUACAUUUUUCUUGAUUUUCAGAACCAGUAAUGGUGAAACUUUCUUUUGAAAGGUAUUUGAAUUUAUUGUGGCAAAAAUCCAUGCCUUGAGAAAGCCAAAAACAAGCAUCCAGAUCCUGCAGCAAAGUAUUCUUCUUAAGUAUAAGUGCUUGAUUAUUUUUCUUAAAGAGCAUGGUAGGGAGAUAUAUAAUGAGGUUAAGGCAACAUAUAUUGAUACAAUGAACAAGAUUUUAAGUGCUCAUUUUCGCGCAUACAUACAAGCAAUGGGGAAAUUACAGCUGGAUAUAGCAACUUCAAGUGAUUUGAUUGGAGUCGAGACCAAGAGCACAGGACUCUCCUUAGGAGGAAGAGAACCUUUGAAGAAUGGUUCAGCUGUUUUUGCAUUGGGUGGUAGGAUUAAUAUUCUAAAGGAAAUUGAUCAGCCGGCAUUGAUCCCACAUACAGCUGAAGAGAAUUCUCAAAGAUAUCCAUAUGAAGUUUUGUUUAGGAGCUUGCACAAGCUUCUGAUGGAUACUGCUGCUUCUGAAUAUCUGUUUUGUGGUGAUUUCUUUGGAGAAGAAUUUAUAUUCUAUGAUAUCUUUGCAGGACCAUUUGCUGUUCUCUAUGAACAUUUCAAUAUGGUACUUCCAAAUUGUUAUGAUGCCCUUGGUUUGAUGCUAAUGAUACGCAUAGUUCAUGAGCACCAGAUGGUCAUGUUCAGGCAGCGAAUUCCAUGCUUGGAUUCAUACCUCGACAAGGUUAAUACUUCUUUGUGGUUUCGUUUCAAAUUGGUACUUGGUAUGCAUCUCGACAGUCUACGAAAUGGCAACAUAAGGAUAUUAUUGGAAGAUGACGUCCAUCCUCACUAUGUGAUGCAGCACUAUGCUGAAUUCAUAGCAUCCCUUGACGUAGAAUCCCUUGUCAACAUCGAUGAUCAACAUGGAGAUGGUCAGCUUGAUUUGAUCCUUGGAAGAUUACAAAUGGCAAUUGAUGACCUGCUCAUUAAGCUUGCCAAAACUUUCACAAAGCCAAAGUUGCAAGCCACAUUCCUGAUAAACAACUAUGAUAUGACAACUGCUGUACUGAAGAAAGCAGGUUUAAAAUGUGAAAGAACAAUGACUCACUGUAUGCAUCUGGCAUAUAGCAACGGACAAAUCUUUGUCGAAGAAAUGCUGCUUGAGCAUUUCAACGAUCUAAUCAAAUUUGUGGAGUCACAAGACUCCGAAGAAUCAAGCUCCAGUGCAGAGAAGCCUUUGCCUACUGAUCUUGAACCGCUGGUGAGGGAUUUUCUGAGCAGAUGGAAAGCUGCUAUAAAGUUGAUGUACGAGGAUGUCAUCACAACUUUCAGCGACAGUUUGUGUAGAAAGAUGAUCCUGACUCUGGCUCACAUUCAACUGACAUCAUAUUACAAAAGGUUCAGAGAGUGUGCUAGGAGAAUCGAAGGCUCCUUCAAUGGUUCUUUUAACAGGGAUAUGUUUCCAGUACCUUACAUAUUUUAUGAAUUUAAGAGAUAUUUGAAGACCCUCUAGGUAGUAUUCUUGUUUUCGAAGUCACACAUAAGGAAAAAUGGCAAAUAAAUAUAUAAAUAUUUGGUUCUUUUUUCUUUUCCUGUGUGGGCAUUGGAUUUUGUUUCUCUGAUUUGAGUAUUUUGCCAAUUAAUUUUGUUGAUAUUUGUUUC